CCUCACAGAUCCCCUUCACCAGUUCUCCCAGCUCUAGCCUCACUGCCAUAUCACCUCCGCCGUCUCAACUACUCGAAGCCGCCGUCCCUACUGCAUCUCGUCUUGCGUGGUUCCUCCGUCGCGCAGCUGCUGUUCCGCUGCGCUGGCUCUGCUCCUCUGCUCCAGUUCCGCCGCGCACCACCCUCCUGGGCUCCAGUUCUCUGGCGGUCCAGGCUACCUCUUCUCUAGUUCUGCCGCGUCCAGCCUUCCGUCGUGCUCCCUCACCUCUGUGUUCUAGAAGAGAAGGGUGGUGCUUUGUGGUUUCAGAAUUUAACAAAACUCUCUUCCGGUUAUUUAGGCUUCAUAUUUUUUAUUUUGAUUGCUGAAAGAAUGAAGCAAUCAAAGGAUCCGUUUGAAGCAGCGUUCGAGGAGCAAGAGGAUUCUCCACCUGAAUCCCCAGCUGACACCACUGUGGACGCACAGCAAAACCCUAAUUCUUCAAUUGCAGCUCAUAAUUCUCAAUCCCAACCUCAAGACCAGCUCCAGAUCCCUCAUGACGACAAUGCCAAAAAGGGUGCUUCCCAAUUCACCCCUCUCAUUGGCAGUGGCAGUGGCAGUACUAAUGCUAGAUCCAGUGGUCCCUUCACCGCCACCACUGGAGCUGGUGGUUCUGGCACUGGGAUGAAGAGCAAAGAAGAGGAGGAGGAAGAGGAGGAGGAGAACAUGGAUGUUGAGCUCGGAAAGUUCCCUUCGAGUGGCGAUCCUGAUAAGAUGGCCAAGAUGCAGGCUAUAUUGUCACAAUUCACCGAGGAACAGAUGAGCAGAUAUGAGUCUUUCCGCAGGGCUGGGUUUCAGAAAUCUAACAUGAAAAGAUUAUUAGCAAGCAUCACUGGGACACAGAAAAUUUCCGUGCCGAUGACGAUUGUAGUAUCCGGGAUUGCGAAAAUGUUUGUUGGUGAAGUUGUUGAAACAGCUAGAAUAGUCAUGCAAGAGAGGAAGGAAUCUGGACCAAUUCGCCCAUGUCACUUGAGAGAAGCAUAUAGACGAUUAAAGCUUGAAGGAAAAGUAUUUAAAAGACCAAUGUCGAGGCUCUUCCGGUAAAUGUAUGAAUUGUGAAUGUAGUGGAUGAUGUCACUGGUUUGCAGCAGUGUCUUGUAGGAAGAUUUGGUACUCACUACUUAGUACCUUCGAGGCCCCAUAUUCUUGCAUCCUGUUAUCUGUUACUGUUUGUAGGUAAAUUUGGAAAACUUUCCCAUUCCUUUCUCAAAUAUUAAAUUUGUGAACACAAUAAUUAUAGGCCUCAACAUCUGUUCUAUUUCUGUCUGUAGAAACUGAAAUUCAUAUCUGUGCCGCAAUGACAGAUGUUGUAUAUCACUAUAUUGCAUUGCACAAGCUUGCUGUGUUAAAUAGAUAGCUAGCUUGAAUAGCUUAGGAGAAGGAGAACUCGAAGAGGAUUUGGGCAUGGUUGCAAGAGAUCUCAGUUAACUAUUAGGGUCAAACUAAUGUAUAGUCUAGGAUUUUGCUCCUCUAAAGUAAAAGUUUGUCCACGCUAUUUUAAUCCCUAUUAAUGCGAAAAUUGAAUAAUUAAAUUUUGGGUUGUUAGUAUACUUAUAUGUCCCUGGAGUUGAAUGAUGUAGUGUCUUACUCCUCAAAUUUGGGUUGAGUUAUCUAUGAACUAUCUAAAAGAAAAUCUGGAUGUUGGUAUUUUCUGUUUGAUU